CCGAAAGAAUUUUACGUAUUUCAUUUUUAAUUGUAUUUUAAAAUGUGGUGACAACGUAACCUCAAAAUUACAUAACCUAUAAACCCGAAGUCUCGAAUUUUAUCAAACCGGUGGCAAGUAUGCCAAUUUUAACGAUUAAAUAAACGAGUUAAAAUGUUCGUGACCAGGCUUGUGCCCCUGAUGCGGGGCAACUUGCGCAUUGUCCCAAAAGUGGGCCCCCUUGCGCGAACAUUUAGCGAUUCGUCCGAGCCCAAGCAACUGGUGACCUACCGCUCGUUUGAAGAAAUCGAAACAAAGAACAAGAACACAUACUUGGACAUGAUCCACAUUUUCGUCAACCGAGACAGUGUCCACCGGCGGGGCCACGUUGAAUUUAUCUACUCUGCGCUAAAAAACAUGGAAAGUUUUGGGGUCCACAAGGACCUUGAAGUGUACAAAGCCCUAAUAGACGUCCUGCCGAAAGGCAAAUUCAUUCCGAGGAACAUGUUUCAAGUCGAGUUCAUGCACUACCCCAAGCAGCAGCAGUGCAUUAUCGACUUACUCGAACAAAUGGAAGACAACGCUGUGAUGCCCGACUACGACAUGGAGGAGCUUUUGAAAAAUAUUUUCGGAAAUCGGGGAUUCCCCUUGCGCAAAUAUUGGCGGAUGAUGUACUGGAUGCCCAAAUUUAAAAACGCGUCGCCUUGGCCCAUCCCGAACCCGCUCCCUGACGGCGUGUACGAGCUGGCAAAGUGCGCAAUUGAGCGGAUCAGCAGUGUGGACAUCCAGACACAAGUUACGACGUAUCAGAGUAAAGACAUCGAGGAUUGUGUGGACGAUACGUGGAUUAUUAGCGCGCAAGCCCCCAUCCAGAAGGACCUGUUGAAGAGACACGACGUGACGGAGCCUUUGUACGUCGAGGGGCCCUUUCGCGUCUGGCUGAAGCACCAACAAGUGACUUACUUCACCUUGCGCAAAAACGCCAAAUUCGUAGCUCCAAUCAAAGAGGAUCUAGAUGAUGUCAGUGACAUUAAAAUCCCCUUUUUCAACAUCAAGCCACCCGUGAAAAAUCUGACAGUGGUACCAAGUGUCCAUGAGCAAGAAGAUGGUACUAUUCUGGCACUAUGUGCUACUGGGACCUCCAGUAAAGACUCACUAGUUUCGUGGAUUCGGCAUUUGGAAAAGGAUAAUCCGGUGUUGGCCGAAGUUCCGGUAGUUUUUACGCUUCGGAGCGGAACUAAAGAAAUUGUCACAGUUGGCGAUGAUAGGAAACAAAUUGAAAAUAAAUGAAUUAGUUAGUUA